CUGUGAUAUUGCAAAGUUCAAAGAUAACCAAACAUCGCCGGAGAAAUGUCAGGAAAAAAACUUGUAGAACUAUUUUAUGAUGUAGUGUCACCAUACUCAUGGCUUGGUUUUGAGGUUUUGUGCCGUUACAGUGCUGCUGGAGUAUGGAACAUGAAUCUAAAAUUGAAACCAUUCUUUCUGGGUGGAGUAAUGCAUGCAUCGGGUAACCAACCACCCGCCAUGAUACCAAGCAAAGGUGACUACAUGGUCCACGAUUUACAGAGACUGAGAGAAUAUAUGCAGGUUCCCAUCAAUCAGCCUAAAGAUGUAGCCGACGUCUUGUUCAACAAAGGAUCACUGCAGGCUCAGAGGUUUUUGACGGCCGUCGACAUGAAAUAUCCGCAGUUUACUGAAGCUCUUUCGCGUCAGCUGUGGAUGCGGAUCUGGAGCAAAGAUCAAGAUAUUACAAAAGAAGAAAGUUUUAGAGAGGCAGGACGGGCAGCUGGUAUCAGUGAUGACAUCAUCAACGAAAGUCUGAGCCAUAUCAAGGACCAGGAUGUAAAAGAUCGACUUAAGCAGUACACCCAGGAAGCACUGGAUAAUGGGGCGUUUGGAGCACCUACAAUUGUUGUCCACAUUGAUGGUAAAAAGAAGAUGAUAUUCGGUUGUGACCGGUUUCCCAUAUUAGCUAUGAUUCUUGGUGAAGAGUGGAGAGGACCACUGAUAGGGUUGAAAGGAAAACUUUGAGUGUUUGCGAGUUGUCGGUAGCAACAGCCAACUACCUGUGUGCUGUGUCGAUAUAUGUAUUACAUAUGAAAAUAAACGGCACAAAACCGAA